CUCGCCGGUGAUCCGAUGGCGGCGCCGCCGCCGCGCGCCAUCGCAGCGGAGCCGAGGAGGGCGCCGCUCUCCGUGGGCCUCGCGCCGCCGCGGCACGGGUCCAGGGCCAGGGCAGGCGUGUCGCGCUCCCGACAGGAAAUUGUUUAUAGUCGUGGACGGCUGGUAUCGACCAAUUUCAAUUCAAGGUCAUCGCUGUGUCCUCCUUGCCGUUGUACUCAAGUGGCUUUUGCUGACACAAAGAUUUCUUAUCAGCCUGAUGCUGAUAAGCAUGCUGGAGUUCUGGCCUAUGAACUGGUUCAAGGGAAGCUUGUACAAUGGAACUCAUUUAUGGACAAAUCAAUACCUGAUCCACCAACAGCUGUACUCCUUCAUGGCAUCCUUGGGAGCGGGAAAAACUGGGGGUCCUUUGCUAAGAGGUUAGCUCAGGAAUUUCCGAUGUGGCAGUUUCUCUUGGUUGAUUUGCGUUGCCAUGGUGAUUCAGCGUCAAUUAAGAAAAGAGGACCACACACUGUUGCCUCCACUGCUUUUGAUGUUCUAAAGCUGAUCGGGCAACUCAGGCUAUCCCCUCGUGUGUUGGUUGGUCACAGCUUUGGUGGAAAAGUGGCUUUGAGUAUGGUAGAACAUGCUGCAAAACCACUUCCCCGUCCUGUUAGGGUAUGGGUACUUGACGCUACUCCUGGUAAAGUUCGUUCUGGGUUAGAUGGCGAAGAUCACCCUGCUGAACUUAUUGAAUUCCUCAGAAGAAUGCCUAGGCAGGUUAAUUCAAAGCAGGAAGUUGUUGAUGCUCUCGUUAAGGCAAAGUUUUCUCUGGAUGUUGCACGGUGGGUGGCAACAAAUCUCAGACGAAGCAGUCCAGUAGGACUACGAUCUUCUUCAAGCUUCUCGUGGAUAUUCGACCUAAAUGGCAUCUCUGAGAUGUACAAGUCAUAUGAAGAUACUAACUUAUGGGGGAUUGUAGAUGAUGUGCCACGGGGGGUUCACAUUAAUUUCCUUAAGGCUGAAAGAAGUUUGCAUAGAUGGGCUCUUGAAGACCUCCAGAGAAUUCAUACCGCGGAGGAGCUGGCUGCAGAUGAGGCUGGAGGAGUGGAAAUGCAUCUGCUUGAAGAUGCUGGACAUUGGGUUCAUGCAGAUAACCCCGAUGGGCUCUUCAGAAUCCUAUCAUCGACCUUCCGCGUCGAGACUUCCAUAAGAGGGGUGCAGGAUUGAGGUACAGAAACCCAAAGGUGCUGCAACUUCGCCACUUUGGCUGGUUAUGCCUGACAUGAAGACGAUACAGGUAAAUUGCAUCGUAGUAGUACAUGUAUUUCAGUUUUGUAGAAUACGGAGAUCUGAAAAAAGAACCGUAGCCAUGGGGCGAGCUGAGAUCAUUGGCGUGGUAGUGCAUUUGUUCAUUCAUUCGGUCCAUGUAUCGUGUAUGUAACUUGAGAGUGGGCUGCAGCUAUACUGUAACGAACCGAAACAUGUAAUUAUCUUGUCAUAUGCUACUGAAUAAAUAUGUAAAUGUUGAAAAUGGUGUUACAAA